AUGUCUUAUUGCAUUAGGAGUUUUACUGGUACUGGAGGCUACGGUGGUUCAGGUGGAGGAGGUGGAGGUGGAGGAAGUGGAUAUGGAGGUGGUGGCAGCUUCAGUAGCGGAGGAUACGGGACAGGUGGUGGUGGUGGUGGAACGGGCUACGGCGGUAGUGGAAGCUCGGGUGGAGGCGGUGGAUCAGGAGGCCACCCGGGAGGAGGAGGAGGAGGAGGAGGGAAGAACGCCGCGUGUACCAUCUGCGCCGCGCUGGCUCCUCUGGCUCUCCUUAGCUCCAUUCUGCCGCUGCUUAGCUUCGGUUUCGUCACCGUCUCGACCGGCAAAAGACGAAGGAGGGAAGUGCCUGACGAAGUGGUGAACGAAAAACUGAGGGAAUUCUCUCAGGUUCAAGAAUACGUGCAUGAGAAUUUCGAUGUGGAGGCUGAGAAUAACAUGCAGGAGGACAUUGUGGCCAAGUACCUCUCGUGCGCAGGAAUGACACACGACGAUAACCACUGUUUAGAACACCUCGCUUGUUCUCUGACUGACCCAACGUAUAAUCAUCCCCAUGCUGAGAAGGCUGCCAUUAGCGCGAUCCUGCACACCAUCAUGGGCAACCACAAGCUACCGCAGUACCUGAAGGAUCGACUGGCAGCUGCUGGGCACGUGGGGCGUCAGGAACCGGGCACGUGCUACCGUUUCCCCUGCCAGAAUGCUGCCUUGCCGACGAGUUCCUUCGCCUCCUCCAGCCUGAGCUUCAAUAUAGGGGAGGCUUCGCGACCGGGGAAUGAGGUGGCGGAGGACUCGGGUUAUGAGGAGGCUUAUAAAGAAGGAUCUUCACACACCAAGCACUGGGGGAAAACAUCGAGAGAAGCAAGAAAGAAUAAGGAAUAAAACAGAAAAAAAACAUACAUGAUGUAAUCAUGUUUUAAUCUUGUUGGUGUUUUAUUUUUGUUUUGUUUGUUUGUGUUUUUCUGUGUGUGUAAUAUAGAGAAACAAUGUUAUCAUUAGUUGCUACAAAAUAAAAAUACACUCUGAUUAAUUAGACCAAAUUAUACUUGUUGUAGAAGCUUAAAGAAUUCUUCCAAGUUCUUAAUAAUUAGUCACCAACACCAGUUACUAUUUAAGCACCAUAAUUUAUAGUGAGGUUCCUAUCUUUAAGGUGACAUAGGUACCUAGAUAUAGCAUGUAAACACACAAGAAUAUAUCUCUUUCGUUUACUGAGCGGUAGAGCAGCACGUGGCUUCCUUCCUAAGUCGGUAAUUGUUGUUGACUUUUGUCGUUGAUAAUAAAUAUGUUACAUAAAAA